AUGGACGCUUCAAAUGUCUUCCGCCAAGUCGAAGGCUUCGGGACCUACCACCCAAGACCGCCGCAGGGUUUCCAACCGAGGAAGGCUGUAAAUGUAAAGGUCGAGGACCAGGGGGAGAGCGAAGUCUCACAUCGCACUGCGCAUACUUUGACGGCCUGCUGCCGGUGUCGCCAGAGGAAAACACGAUGCGACCCGGCACUGCCCCGUUGCCUUCCCUGCGAACGAUCCGGCUCCAUCUGUGAAUACUUCGACACGGCCAAGGGCAAGAAGAUCAGUCGUUACUAUGUUGUCAAGCUUCAGGAAAAAGUACGCGCGCUGGAGGCGGAGCUCGGCCAGUACACUGACGAAGACGACUACCCGAAGGACCACGAAGACUUCGUUCGACCCGGAGGCCUGGUACACCUCAACGAAACGGACGAGACUCCCCGAUACCUUGGCCCGUCUAGCGGCAUAGCCAUGACGCGAAUACUCAUGGAGGAGGCCAAACGAUAUACCGACUCGAAGCGCAUAUCCGAGCUCAUACCUGAAUUACGCGUAAGGCGGCAGGCUACGACCACGACCAUGACCGCCGGCCCCAGUCAUGCUGGAUUUAGGUCGCAGUCUUUCAGCAUGCCACCUCCCAUUUCGUCAAGGAAGAAGAGCUAUCCCAUGAUCAGUGCUGUGGCAGCGCAGAAUCUGCCGAGUAAAGGCAUUACUGAUAGGCUGCUGGAGGUGUUCUAUCAGCGCGGUCAGGUAUCCAUGCCAUUACUCCACGAGAAGUCGCUGGCGCAAGCGGUCGAAGAUGUGUAUGCCGGCAGCCAAAACGCGUACCAGAACUUUGUGGUGCGACUGGUCAUAGCCAUAAGCAUGCAGAAGUUGGACGCGACGUACGCCGGUCUCGCCGACAGCUACUACCUCGCCGCGAUGGAGUGCUUUGAAGAUGUUGUUCGGCCGAAAGACCUGAAGACCCUUCAAUGCCUUGUUCUGAUAGGACAGUACUCGCUUCUGACGCCCACCCGUACCGCUGUCUACUACGUCGUCGGCCUUGCGACGCGCAUCUGCCAGCAGCUCGGGCUCGCUGACGAGAAGACGAUCGCGCUGGGUGCCAACGACCCGCUGACAUUGGACCUGCGCAGGCGGAUAAGCUGGACUGUGACCAGCAUGGAAUUCGGGUUGGCACAGAGCAUGGGUCGGCCCAACGGUUUCGCCAAGACCGACGACAUCGUCGACGUCAAAUUCUUCGAAACGGCACCCGAUGCAAAUAUUUCCGAGAAUGGGAUUAUCCCGGGUCCACCAGAUGAGAAGAAGCUGGUAGCCAUCCACUUCUGCAAGAUGCGAGUACACCAGGCCGCGAUACGCCGGAAACUGUAUGAGAGAAAGCUUGCGGAGCCCAAGGAUGAUCGUCAUCCUUGGUUCGCAGGUAUGGAGGCCAAAUUGGAGCAGUGGUUGAAGUCAUCACCAGAGAACCCUCCAUGGUGUAAACCCUGGUUCACAGGACGAUAUCAUACAAUGAUCGUGACACUACAUCGGCCAUCACCUCAGGUUCCUAGGCCCUCGGUUCAUUCAGCCACGAAAUGUUUUGUCUCGGCUGCAUUUAUCGUCAACAUUUCUAGCAAACAGAUGAUGGCGGCUACUAUCGACAUCACGUGGGUGUUUCUUCUGACGCUGUACAUGGCUCUGAACACUCUCCUCUGGAGUGUAACGACGUAUCCAGAGGUCCGGGCUUUACACAGCCGAGACGAAGUUCAAGAGCUGGUCAAUGUCUCUUUGGACAUCAUUGACCAGUGCGUCGAUCGAUGGCCAGGCACUGCCGCGGCAUCUCAGCUGUACUCGACUUUGACAAAAGCUUGCCUGCAAAGCUAUGAUUCGAACGACACGCCUAAUUUGGCCAGCGCAAGCCUCAACACGCCGCCAUCACGACCGGACACCAACUCACCUGAUGUGUCUGAAUUUUCCAACGCUACGACUAUAUCCAAGGCGGGAGCUUCGGUAUUCGACCCUCCCAAAUUCGGUAACGUCUUCGGCUCGACUCCUGAAGAUAUGAACAACUACAACAUGGACAGUUCCUUCCCACCACAGCCGACAUUCCGAUCCAACUCCAUCUUCCACAACCCGGGAUCCAGUGACCACACGGGCCGUCGCUUCAGUUAUUUCCCUCCAGACUUCAAUCACAACGGGGACAUGCCGCCAGACGAUCCGAGUCCACCCGCUACCGAUGCCACCGUGUCUCCGCCGUUCCUGUCCCCACCGCAACAUAUGCCGACACCGCCAGAGUCUUUAGCUCCCGGUGCUGCGACGACUCCGCUCUUGGGCACGCCGCUACUUGCUACUCCCCUGUUACCAAGUCAAAGCAUACAUCAUGGUGCUCAUGAUAUGAUGCUCUCUGAUGGGCUACCCUAUUCGCCGCCGCCGCAGCAGCAGCAGCAGCAGCAGCAGCACCAGCACCAGCAACAACACCAGCAGCAGCAACACCAGCAGCGGCAGCACCAGCAGCGACAACAUCAGCAGCGACAGCAUCAACCGCAGCAACAGUCCCAUGUGCCUCGAGCCGCUUUCGCCGUCCCUCCCCUACCAUCCAACCAUCACCACCGGCCACAAGGCCAACGUCCCCUCCCGCAGCCAACGGCAUCCAGCGACUGGUUCAACCCGCCACCGCCGUUCAUCACGCCAUACUCCUUCGGGGGCGUUGGCGGUGGCUACUGGGGCGACGCGACGGGCGGCGUCGGCUCCAGCUCAAACGGGUUCAUCAACGGAAUGCAGACGGGGAACAUGAUGGAGUUCGCCCGGAGUCUUCCGCCCGAGCGCCAGGGCAGCCUCAGCCAGGCGCAGCAGGUCGAGCUCAUGGACGUGCUGGAGAACGAGGGCGUCAUCGACAUCGACGCCUAUCUCAACAUGGGUAUGGUCGGGUUCUCGGAUGGCGGCGGCAUGGCGGAUGCGAAUCUGGGUUUGGGUAUGAAAUGGGAAGGCCCGUAG